AUGUACGAAGGGAUUGACAACCUGAAAUCCCUUUACGACCGUGCCGGGAAGACUUUCUCCGGCGGUCCUUCUGCGGCACAGGAUGUGCCGCGUCGUACUGCUCAACCAGACCCAGUACGUCGAUCAUCAGUUGGGAGCGGGGCUCCCAAGAAUCCCAGGACGGGGGAUAGCCGCGCCACCGGACGAGAUAACUCGUCCGACGUCCGUUCACGUCGCGGUGGUUCAACAGCUGCUCAACUCGAUAGCGCUGGCCACCGCGAGAGUCCUCUAAUGGAGGUGGAGGAGGAGGAAAGCCGCUCUCCACACGAUCAUGUGGAUCGGUGUGUUCCCGAGAGCUUCUUUGAUCGCGUAACGCAAGGGUUACGCGACGAUCUCGAACAUGAGCGGAAUAGGUGUCUCCAAAUAGGGAACACUGUCUCGAAGCAUCGAGCUGAGUUUGCCUUUGCUCAGCUUGAGAACGAGAGAUCUCUGACAUCUCUUCGUGACGAGCUAAGGGUAGCUCGUGGGAUUGCUGAUCGGUCUCGGGAUGAGAUAACUGCUCUUCAGACCCUUGUUGAUGCCCACCAUCGGGAGCACAAGGCUCUCUGCGAGAUGCUUGAGCGCAAGGGCGUUCUUCAUCGGAAGAAGCAGCGUACUGAUGGUACGGCUUAA